AAUUUUAAUCAAUUGCUUAAUUUUAUGCUACAUAUUACCGCAGUUUUCUCAGCAUAUAAACUUAAUUUGUCGUUAGUGACAAAUUAAGUUUAAUCUCAAUCUUCAAAAAUAAAAAUUGGAUAUAUAAAACAAUAAAGUUGUUAAUUGUUUUUAUUUUGAUUUAAAUUGCUAUAAAAGCAUGAUUUACGUACUCUAUUUAUUGUUGUUAUAUGCUUUAAAUUACCAAUAUACGAAAGCAGAACAAAAUCCUUACUUUCAAAAAAAUGGUCAAGAAUUACUUUUAUGUCGAAAAUGCGGUGCUGAUGUGGCCGAUUCAAACUAUUUAAUUAAUAAACAUAGUCCAGGAGCACAGAAAAUUGGAAAACAAAACUUAUUUGGCAAACAAAACAUUACAAUUCAGACAUUAAUCAAUCCUUUUGGUGUUAAGUUUGAUAUUGUUACAGCUGAAAAAGCAAGAUGUAAAAAUAUAGGACCAAGACAAGGAGCCGACUCAUGGUUCCCUGGGUAUACUUGGAAUAUUUGUACCUGUCCUCAUUGUGGACAACAUUUGGGAUGGUCUUUUGAAAGUUCUGGGGGAAAAACAGUUGACAACAAUGAAAGUAUUCAUUUGUUUCAUGGGUUAAUAUUAAGUAACAUACUUGGAGAAAAUUUUACAGAUUCGCUCAUAAUGAUGCCAAAACUUUAUAAAAUGUAAAAUUAAAUUUAAGCAGCAAUGUGAUAACUCAAAAAUUGUUCAGGAGUAAAUAAAUUAAUGUCAAAUAUUAUUAAUAAAAAAGUGUACAUGAAAG